AUGCGCGGCCUUUACAUGGGACUGGGCGCCAUUGCCCUGGCGUCCGUCAACGCUUGGGAAUACCCCUAUUGUGAACACGAUGGGUGCUACCGCAACCUCAUUGACGAGCGCUUCGCCGAGGAGGCCAAAGGUUUCUGUGUCGAGUUCCUCCACGGAACCACCACUGCUGCCGCUGCUAUUCCCACCGACUUCAACAACUGUGGUGGAGAUGUCAAGGCUGUUUCCUCUGCCUGCUCCUGCAUCACCUACAGCUUAAGCACCACGGCUCCUCCCACCACCAGCACCUCGGCCCCGUGGACUACCAGCACUCCCGCUCCCCCGACCACCGUCAGUACCACUGAGGCAACCAAGACCACUUGGUCUUCCAAGGAGCAUUCAUCCUCAACUCCCGUCACUUCUGAGACGAGCACAUCGUCCACCUGGGUCAGCAGCACCAAGGCUCACAGCACUUCCACCUCCUCUGAGGACUGCACUACGUCGUCAACGGCUGUAAGCUCGACCAAGGAGCACAGCACCUCCACCUCGUCCGAAGACUGCACAACCUCGUCCACCGCCGUCAGCAGCACCAAAGUUCACAGCACAUCCACUUCAUCGGAGGACUGCACCACUUUGUCUACAGUUGUCAGCUCGACCAAGGUCCACAGCACCUCUACGUCAAGUGAGGACUGCACCACCUCCUCGACUGCUGUCAGCAGCACCAAGGGCCACAGCACGACGACUGAAGACUGCACCACCGAGACGACAGUGAGCACCAAGAGCCAUCAUUCACACUCUAGCAAACCCCCCACGACUCACGUCCCUCCUCCUCCCCCUCCCACUUCCACGGAGGAUUGCACCACUGAGACGACCCAAGCCCCAACGACUCAUGCCCCUCCUCCUCCCCCUCCUACUACAACUGAGGAUUGCACCACCGAGACUGCCGUUAGCAGCACCAAGGGAGAGAGCACGACCAAGAGCCAUCACCCCCACCCCAGCAAGUCUUCCACCUGGGUCCCUCCUCCUCCCACAACCACCCCCUACGCCAACACGACCACCGAGAAGCCUCCUCACACCAAGACUCGCACCAGCAAGCUGACGACUUCCACCGUCUACACUACGACUGUCGAGACCGUGACGAGAUGCCCUCCCAGUGUCACAAACUGCCCUCACACGCCUGUUACCACAACCAAGACCAUCGCCAUCUCGACGACCAUCUGCCCCGUUACCGAGGAGUCUACAAAGCCUGUUCCCACCCACCCAGCUCCUCCACCAACGACCUGGACGACUUCCACGGUUUACACUACCAGGGUCCACACCAUCACCAGGUGCCCUCCUGAUACUCCCAACUGCCCUGAGGGUCCUCACACCACCACCGAGACCAUUCCUAGCGUGCCUCACACUUUCACCACUGUGCACCCCGCGCCCAGCAGCCCGCCUCCUCCACCGCCCGCUGGCACUCCCCCUGCCGGAACCCCUCCUGCUCCUCCCGCCAGCACCCACCCGGCGCCCCCUGCUGGUACUCCCCCAGCUGGCACUCCUCCCGCGCCGCCAGCUAGCACUCACCCUGCUCCGCCCGCCGGCACCCCUCCCGCCGGCACUCCCGUUCCCCCUCCGGCUGGCACACCUUCUGCUCCUCCUGCUGGUACCCCUCCUCCCGCUGCCACCACGCCCGUCGCCUCGCCCAGCAAGACCACCACCGGACCAGUCCAGGUCACCAACGCUGCUGAGCGUCUUGGCUCCGGCAUCUUGGCCGCAGCCGCUGGUGUCGUGGUUGCUGCUCUGCUCUGA